AGUGCCUCCUCUUUACAACACACUCUCCCAGCGAAGAGACAAGCAGCCACUUCUUCAGGUUUUCAACCCGGACCAAGGGGUCUCUGACUCCAAUUCAUCAACUCUUCUGCUCCUACUAGUUAGACGCCAUGACCGAUGACACUGUGUUUGAUUUGGAAAGCAGCUUCAGCUUCCCAGCACUGGCUGCAAACAAUGAGGGAAGAGAUAUCAGAUUGUUUUCCUCAGGAGAUGAGGACAGCAGUCUGUAUUUUACCUACAGUGGGGGUUGCAACGAACUGGAGGUCAGAAAUCUGCACUAUCAGGUGGACACAGCAGCACAGAUCCCCUGGUAUGAAAGACUGUCAGAGCUUAAGAUGCCCUGGGAGAUGCGGGGCAACAAGCAGACUGCUAUCAAAGACCUGAACCUGAGAGUGCACAGUGGCCAGAUGCUGGCUAUUAUCGGCAGCUCAGGCUGUGGAAAGACCUCCCUGCUGGACAUUAUAACAUGUCGAGAUGAAGGAGGCACCAAGAAAUCUGGAGAGAUACUCAUCAAUGGCAAGCCCUGCACACCCUCGCUAGUGAAGAAAAGCAUUGCUCACGUGCGACAGGAUGACCGCUUGUUACCCCAUCUGACAGUAAGGGAGACUCUCACCUUCGUGGCCAAGCUGCGCCUACCAACACAUUUUACACAGGCACAGAGAGAUCAAAGGGUGGAUGAUGUCAUUGCCGAGCUGAGGUUGAGACAGUGCGCUAACACUCGCGUGGGAAACAACUAUGUGCGGGGUGUAUCUGGUGGAGAAAGGAGGAGGGUCAGCAUUGCUGUUCAGCUACUAUGGAACCCAGGUAUUCUUAUCCUGGAUGAGCCUACGUCGGGUCUAGACAGCUUUACUGCUCACAACCUGAUUAUCACCUUGUCUCGUCUGGCCCGAGGGAACCGUCUGGUCCUGCUCUCGGUGCACCAGCCACGCUCAGACAUCUUCCAGCUCUUUGACCUGGUGGUGUUGCUCUCCUCUGGCUCAGCCGUGUACUGUGGCCCUGCCAAAGACAUGGUGCCCUACUUCACAUCCCUAGGGCAUCCAUGUCCACGCUACUGCAAUCCCUCUGAUUUCUACGUUGACUUGAUCAGCAUUGACCGCCGCAGCUCAGAAAAAGAAGCUGAGUGUCUAGAGAGAACAAGGGUCCUGGCAGUCCAGUUUUCUGAGAAGGUGAAGGACACUGAUGACUUCAUGUGGAAGUCUGAGGAGCCCGAUGUUCCAGUGCUAGAUAAUAAUAUCCAAAGUGACGUCCCUUCUACACCAAAAGCCGAAACAUGCGUCCAAGUGUCACAAAGGAAGGCCCAUCGACCAGGCCGGCUGCACCAGUUCUCCAUUCUGAUUAGGCGGCAGGUGUUUAAUGAUUUUCGUGACCUGGUGACGCUGGUGGUGCAUGGUCUAGAGGCCCUGCUAAUGUCACUGCUCGUGGGCUUCCUGUACUUCGGGGCAGGUGAGCAGAAGCUGCCAGUACAGGACACUGUGGCCCUGCUCUACAUGAUCGGAGCUCUCACACCAUUUGCUGUGGUACUGGAUGUCAUAGCCAAGUGUCAUUCGGAGAGAGCCAUGCUGUAUCAUGAACUGGAAGAUGGAAUGUACUCAGUCACCCCAUAUUUUUUUGCGAAGGUUCUGGGUGAGUUACCAGAGCAUUGUGUUUUCACACUGGUAUACAGCUUACCUAUCUAUUGGCUAGCUGGUCUGAAUGACUCACCAGACCGCUUCCUGCUUAACUUCAUGCUGGCGUGGCUGAUGGUGUACUGCAGCCGCACCAUGGCUUUGUUCACAGCAGCCGUGCUACCCACCCUCCAGACCUCUUCCUUCAUGGGAAACUCUCUUUUCACUGUUUUCUAUCUGACCGGUGGUUUUGUCAUCAGCCUGGACAACAUGUGGCUAGUUGCUUCCUGGUUUUCCUAUAUUUCCUUCAUGCGCUGGGGUUUUGAUGGGAUGCUGCAGGUUCAGUUCCGUGGCCUCAAAUAUUCAGUCAGCCUGGGAAACCUGACCAUCAAUGUAGAUGGCAUUAAAGUGGUGGAGAUGAUGCAUAUGAACCAGUUCCCACUCUACUCCUGUUAUUUAGUGCUGAUCGCUGUAGUGUUGGUCUUUAUGUUGCUCUACUAUCUGUCACUCAAGUUCAUUAAGCAGAAGUCCAGUCAGGAUUGGUGAAGAAAAAGCUGCAGUUAAAAUCACUUUGGGACAAACUUUACCCCCUACACAUAAAGCCAGCCCACUGCAGAAAGAUGGCAGCACCAGCCUGUUCAGUCCAUACUGAGGUGAUAUAAGAGAACUCUGGAGAUAAAUGCUCAUGUUCUGCAUAUACUUACACACUCAAGUUUGUCAGCUCUGUCAUUAUUGGACAUUUAUCAAUCCAACAAUUUUCUGCAUAUGACGGACACAGAGGCUGAAUAUCAACAUUGCAUAGCUAGAAGUUUAUUGUAAAUUGCUUUUGUGAAAUAUAAGGGCAACAUUUUUUGAAUAAUAGCAUUAGUAGUUUAUCCUUACAAAAAAUGCCACCUUGUCUAAAUGAUUGGAUGUCAUGACAGCUCCAUGUUUGUCCCAUUUAUUCAUUAAUAUCAGGGUCAUCAGAAGGUUCCCCAAAUUAACAUUUGGAGGUUGACGAACAGUUUUUACUUCUAAUCAAGCCUGUAUUAUGUGAAAAAUCCAAAAAGGCACGAAGUGACAUGUCGUGUACAGUAUGCGGCAGGAGAUACUGUCAUGAACAAAAUGGUGGCUGGUUGAGCAUCUUGUAUUAAGUGUUUUUAAAUGCCAACUGUGUUAUGCAUUUACCAAAGACUAGUAAAAGAAUGGAGAGGGGCGUAAGAUGUAAAAUCCCAGGUAUUUACAAAGUGAUAUACCAUUAACAAUGUAAAUAAUCCCAAAGUGAUUUAUGAGUAAAAAAUGUGAAGUUAUCCUUAUGAUUUCAAGAGUAGUGGAAGAGUACUCAGCAAAGUCUCUGGCCUCCAAGAGAUUCCAAACGAGUUGUUAAAGCAUUGCAACAAACUUUAAUACAACUAGAAUUCUGCCUAAGGGAAGACUGAGAAGGGGACUUGACAAACAAAUGAGAUCUUGAGAAGAUGAGAAGCUUCAAAUACUUGAGUGUUUGAGUUGUUUAUUAGACUACAACUGACUGCCGCUGGAUGGCAGCAAAGCACCAUGCACACCAAUCUUCCUUUCAGACAUGUUUUUUUGUUUUGAAAAUUGCAUAUGAAAGAUAUCGAUCUACAGCUUUUGUUCAUGCCUUUUAUGCAUUUUUAUUUUCUAUACUGUGAUUGUUAAUCUUAAUGAAUUAUGGACAUUAAGGCAUA